GAGGAAGGCCCACCAGCUGAACAUGGAGGGGGCACUGGUGGCCCGCGACCGGGUCGGGGUCCAGGACUUUGUCCUGCUGGACUCCCACACCAGCGAGGACUCCUUCAUGGACAACCUCCAGAAGAGAUACCGGGAGAACCUCAUCUACACCUAUAUCGGCACUCUCUUGGUCUCGGUCAAUCCCUACAAAGAGUUGGACAUUUACACCAAGAAGCAGAUGGAGCAGUACAAAGGAGUUAAUUUUUUUGAACUCCCGCCCCACAUUUACGCCAUUGCGGACAACGCCUACCGCAUCAUGUGCACCGAGUACAACAACCACUUCAUCCUCAUUUCGGGGGAAAGUGGGGCCGGGAAAACGGAGGCCUCCAAGAAGAUCCUCCAGUAUUUCGCCAUGACGUGCCCCACCACCGAGCAGCUCCUGGUCAUCCGAGACCGGCUGCUUCUCUCCAAUCCGGUUUUAGAGGCUUUUGGCAACGCAAAGACCUUGCGGAACGACAACUCGAGCCGGUUUGGGAAAUACAUGGACAUCCAGUUUGAUUUCAUGGGCGCCCCUGUUGGCGGACACAUCCUGAGCUACCUGAUCGAGAAAUCCCGCGUCGUCCACCAGAAUCCUGGCGAGAGGAACUUCCACAUCUUCUACCAAUUGCUUGAGGGAGGGACGGAGGAGCUGCUCCAACGACUGGGCCUCCAGCGCGACCCCCGGAAGUACUUGUACCUAGUCCAGGGUGGCUGUGCCAAGGUCUCGUCCAUCAACGACCGGAGCGACUGGAGGACCGUCAACAAAGCCUUCACCGUCAUUGACUUCUCGGCCGCAGACAUCGAGAAUCUUUUCAGCGUUAUCGGCAGCGUUUUGCACCUGGGUAACGUCCAUUUCGAGGAAGACUCCAAUGGCCACGCCAUUAUCGUCAAGGGGACUCAAAUUAAGUGGAUAUCAAAGCUUCUGGGGGUCCAUUUGUCCAUCCUGCAGGAGGCGCUGACGCACAGGAAGAUUGAAGCCCGCUUUGAAGAGGUCCUGAGUCCACUGAACGUGGACCUGGCUUUUUAUGCCCGUGACGCCGUUGCCAAGGCCAUCUACGGCCGGACCUUCGCCUGGUUGGUCAGCAGGGUCAACGCCUCUCUGGACAACAAGGACUUCAGCAUGAAAACAGUGAUUGGCCUCCUUGACAUUUAUGGCUUCGAGGUCUUCCAGACAAACAGCUUUGAGCAGUUCUGCAUCAAUUAUUGCAACGAGAAGCUACAACAACUGCUGAUUGAGAUGACUCUGAAAGCCGAGCAAGAGGAGUACGAACAGGAAGGCAUUGAGUGGGAGCCGGUCUCGUACUUCAACAACAAAGUCAUCUGCGAUUUGGUGGAAGAGAAGCACAGAGGCAUCAUCGCCAUCUUGGACGAGGAAGGGCUUCGACCCGGAGAAGCCACCGACCUGAGUUUUCUGGAGAAAAUGGAAGAAAAAUUGGGAGGACACCCACACUUCCUCACCCGGAAGCUGGCCGACCUGCACGUGCGCCGCUCCAUCGGCUGGGUCGACUUCCGCCUCCAGCACUACGCCGGGGAGGUCACCUACUGCACCGUGGGUUUCUUGGAGAAGAACAACGACCUUCUCUUCCGGAACCUGAAAGAGGUCCUGUGCAAGUCGAAGAACGGGAUCCUGAGAGAGUGCUUCCUCCCCGCAGAACUCGAGAACCGAAGACGGCCCGAAACCGUGGCAACGCAGUUCAAGAACAGCCUGUCCAGCCUGAUUGAGAUCCUCAUGUCCAAAGAGCCUUCGUACAUCCGGUGCAUUAAACCCAAUGACGACAAAGAGCCAGACAAAUUUGACAACUCUAUAAUCCGACACCAGGUGAAGUACCUGGGCCUGAUGGAACACCUUCGGGUCAAAAGGGCCGGAUUCGCCUACCGACGGAAGUACGAACACUUCCUCAACAGGUACAAGUCUCUCUGCCCGGAGACGUGGCCCCAUUGGAGGGGAACGGCGGCAAAAGGGGUGGAGCUUCUGAUCAAACACGUGGGAUACACACCUGAGGAAUACAAGUUGGGAAGGACUAAAAUAUUCAUUCGUUUUCCCCGGACCCUUUUUGCCACCGAAGAUGCCUUUGAAUACAGGAAACAUCUCAUAAUUGCUCGGAUCCAGGCCCGGUAUAAAGGCUGCUUAGGGAAGAGGGAGUUCCAGAAGUUGAGGAAAGCAGCCAUCACCUUGGAAUCGUGCUGGAGAGGAAUCCUGGCCCGGAAAAUGGCCCGAAGGAGGCACUGGGCCGUCCAAACCAUACGCAAGUACAUCAAGGGCUUCAUCUGCCGCAAGCAGCCCAUGAACGACGUCAACCGGGAUUUUCUCCGCUUGGCCCAAGUCUCGUAUUUGCAGAAAUUGCGGGAAUUUCUCCCCAAAGGCGUCCUGGACCCGACCUGGCUGGACCCCCCACCCACGCUGCAAGAGACGUCUGAGCUGCUCAAGAAGCUUUGCAUCCGGAACUUGGUCCGGAAAUAUUGCCGCAGCACCAGCCCAGAGAAGAAAGCACAGAUGGAUCAGAAGGUGGUGGCGAGUGCGAUAUUCCGCGGGAAAAAGGCCAAAUAUCCCGAAAGCCUGAAUGUACCGUUUGCUGACACUCGAAUAGACGAGAGCGAAAUCAGCCCCAAAGUCAUGCAAAUGAUCCGCCACGAGAAGGUCAAGUAUGUCUCGUCGGUGGUGAGGUUCGAGGGGAAGGGCUUCAAGCCAAAGGUCCGGAUGUUGGUCUUGACCCGCAAGGCCGCCUACCUCCUCGAAGCCGCCAAAAUCAAGGAGCAGGUCGAGUACUCCACCAUCAAAGGCAUUUCCACCAGCAACUUGAGUGACGGCAUUGUCGUCAUCCACCUCCUGGAAGACGGAAAACAAGUGCAGGGGGACGUCAUCAUCCAGUGUGACCACGUCUUCGAGGUGGUCACCCGGCUCUGCAUGUUGGCCAAGAAGGAGGAGUUGGUGGCCGUGGCCGAGGGGAGCCUCGAGUUCCAGUUCAGUCCGGGGAAACCGGGGACCAUCGACUUCACCACCGGACACUCGGCUCAAGUCUACAAAGCCAAAAAUGGACAUCUGACCGUGGUGUCGACCAAAACGUAGUCCCGACGAUGACAACGACUUCGACUGUUGCUUUUCUUGUGGUUGGAAAUCAAAAAACGAGAAGCAAAUCCCACUUAUAAUUGUCAAUUUAUCCCCGUUUCGGAUGCCAUAAAACCGGGGCAGCUGAACUCGACUCAUGAUUUUACUUCUAUAUAUUUUUUUACAUUCCCAUACGUAGACGAUAUCGUAAUUGCGAAAGUAACGAAUCUAUAUGAAUUAUCCCAAAGUCUCACUAAAUCGGACAUUAUUUUUA